GGCUGUAAUGUCGAAUUUGUGUAUCCAAAACCCUCACAAAACCCUCGUCUUCAACUCGCAGCUUUGUGUUCAUUCAACCUUUGGAGCUGCUGUAAAUUUACUUCCUUUAAUUCAUAAAGCAGAAGCAGAGGAAUCAUACUGUAAGAAAAAAUGGUGAGCAAAAGGCAGAGAAUAGCUCGAAAACGAUACAAGGAAGCUAAUCCUGAACUAUUCCCUAAGCCAGAACCAACUCCGCCCAAAGACCCGAACAAGAAAAAGAAGAAGAAGAGCACUUUCAAGAAGAAAAAAGGAGAAUCCAAAGAUCCUAAUAAGAAACGUUCAUUUACUAAGCAUCCUUUUAGAGUCGCUGGAAUGAAGCCUGGUGAAAGCUGUUUUAUAUGUAAAGAACAUGACCAUAUUGCCAGGGAUUGCCCUAGAAAAGCUGAAUGGGAAAAGAAUAAGAUAUGUUUGCUUUGUCGCCGACGUGGUCACAGCCUGAAGAAUUGCCCCAACAAGAAUGAUGAAGUAGUGGAUAAGAAGUUAUGUUACAAUUGUGGGGAAACAAGCCAUUCUUUGGCUAACUGCCCCUAUCCGCUUCAAGAUGGUGGAACAAAGUUUGCCAGUUGCUUUAUUUGUAAAGAACAAGGUCACUUGAGUAAGGACUGCCCUAAAAAUACUCAUGGCAUAUACCCAAAGGGUGGUUGUUGCAAAAUUUGUGGUGGCGUUACACAUUUGGCAAGAGACUGUCCUAAUAAAUCUGGCAAAGCUUCUGAUGCGGCCAUUGGUAGAUUUAAAAUUUCUCAAUUUGAAGACCGGCCAAGGGGACAAGUUACCAAACUCAGCAGUGGGGAUGAUCUUGAGGAUGACUUCAACUUCAAGGCAGAUGAUGUUAAUGAAGACGAUGAUGCUAAAUUAAAGAAGAAAAAAGAACCUAAAGUUGUUAACUUUGUAGGAUGAAUGAAUCUCCAGAAGAACCGAUGAUCCUGGAAAGUGGUUUUCUUGAAACUGAUCCAAAUUUCUUGUCCAACAACUGCAAUUCACUUUCAAAUUUUGAUUUGCAAUACUUUUCUCCUCUACUUAUUGAGGAACACAAAAUACGGCAGAAAAUUAGAACACUUAAAAUGACAAAUUAUUGGAGAGUGCUAAUGCUUAAUGGUGUCUAUUGAGUAUGACAAAAUAUAGAUUAGGACUAUUUUCUACUCCUCUUUUCAUUAGUUAACUGUGUAUCCACCAUUUUUGUUUUUGUUUUUGUUAAUUGCAUUGGCUUGAUGUAAACACUCAGUGCGUUUAACUUUUUUUUCAGUUUCCUAGUUCUA